ACUAGAUCUAGGUUUAGACAGGAAAUAAAAAGAAGAAGAGAUUGACGACCUGAGAUUCUCGGUUUCGUCUCUUACUUCUUGGUAUUAUGCACAACCGCCUGCUACCUGGUAGCUAAAACUAAAGGCCAAGCGACCAGUUAAGAGCUCAGCGACAAGGUAAGUGUAGGCACAGUCGGAGAACUAUUUGUAAGUCGACGUGAUUGGUCACCAACACCAGCAUAAGUAUUUUCAUCAGAGAACAAAUUCGGAAUGGAAGAUGUUGAGUUGGUAGAAAGAUACAAAGCUAGGUCGUAGAACAUACAAGCGCAGAAAGAGUUUUAAAGUGCCGAUUGGUGAUCAACAGUUUUGAUUGGCAGAUCUUGCAGCGUUUGAAAAGAAUUGAUUAACCCCUGUUUGAAAAUUAGCACCGACGCGACGACAUAAUUGGCAUCUUGAACACUUGCACGAACAAGAAACAUAGCCCAGUAUAUGAUCGCAAGAUUAAGUCACAGGAAAAGUAUCCAUUCACUUCCAUCGCUGUUAGUGUAACUGUUAACGUUUUGUAGUGAACAACAAGUACAACAAGGUCAAGGAGUAUAUUGGGGCCACGGGGACUACAUCUUCAGCAAAGGGGGACAGAUGAGUGGAGAAGCAAACGUGGACGCUGACCUGGCGAGACUCUACAAAGAGCUUCCCAGUAGCGUUCAGGACGAUAUUCGGAAGCGCGUAGACGCCCACGGUGGCGGUUCAGAAUCGGAGCGCUUUUUCUUCUACAAGACGGCAGUCGAAACUGAGUACAAGAAAUUUCGCGCCUCAGCAUCUGCAGGGGGGCAUACAGGUACCACCUACUUAAUAAAUAAGAUUUUUAGUAAGACUCAAGAAGGAGCUCUAGUACAGAUUUGGAUAUCUCUUGACAGGUUAGUGCUAGCUUAGAUUAUCCGAGACGAAGAACUAGCGGAACAAGAAUUCUCCCCUUUUAUUUCAUCAUGACUUAUCAACAUGAACAUCUUCUAAUUGUUUUUUAGGUAAGUUAGCAGGCGCAGGCGCAUCCAGUAUGGGAGGCUCAACACUCGCGUCGUAUGUUGCUCGCGUGCGGGCGAGCGCGGAAAAUCCAACAUCAGCGGUCGGAGAGUCUCUACUAGAUAGCUACCUAACGAAAUUGCAAGAGCACUUUGCCUCAGAGGCGAGUAAACGAGACUGGACACGCGUGGAUUUGCCAAGCGAACAAGAAAUGCGAGAUCGGGUUUUCCCUAAACUAACGGACGCAAGCCUGAUGAACAAAGGACCCUUCGAUAGAGGCGAGGCGACUCCUGGUCGCAACGGAGCCUCUAAUGGAAUGAGCCAGUCUGUUAUGAACCCCGCAGUAUCGGCGAAGUCUGUGGCACCAGCGCCACCGGCAGGUAUGACGCCAGGGGUUGCAGGAGCGGGUGCUGCAGGUCAACACGGCAUGUGGGGCGCAGGCGGCUGGGGUGGAGGUCAAGGAGCACCGGGUAUGAUGGGAUAUAACCCAGCCAUGAUGCAACAGCAAAACAUGAUGAUGAACCAGAUGAGCCCUCAAAUGAUCAUGCAGUAUUAUCAGCAAAUGAUGUACAGCGGCCAAAUGACCCCACAGAUGGCAGCACAUUAUCAGCAGCAGAUGCUGUACGCCCAGCAGCAGCAGGCGAUGCAGCAGCGAAGGCAUCAGCAGCAAGCGCGCAUGAACCAGGCAGCGAGCGGGGGAGUCGCAAGUAUUCACGCACAGCGUGCGGCGGCAAUGGCUGCCCAGAAUAUGGUGGGCGCUGGAUCUGCAACAAGCAGUAGCACACCUGGCGCUGCAACCGGCGCAAAUGCGACAACGCCAGCUCAACAGAGUCCCUUUGAUGCGACAACACCGUGGCCAACUGCGCAGAAGACCGGACCACCUCCGGCUGCCGGUGGGGACGCGAGUUCUUUUGCUGGCGCCUCAGCGAAUGCUACGUCCAGCAAAACCCCAGGCGGAAAUCAUUUGAGGCCCUUUGGCGUGCUCGGUGCAGGUGGUGGCUUUUCAAUGUCCGGCCCAAAGUAUGGCAAGGCUGGUCCUCCCGUCUUUCCUACGGGGGGAGGCAGCGGGAUGAUGCGACAAUUUGUCGCCGGCGGCCAGCUAUCCACCUCCUCGACAUCUGCGACCCUGGGUGCGACAGGCAUCACGUCCACGCUAGUUCCCGCGGGAAGUAUGGGAACAGCUGGAAGUAGCACUUCCUUCGACCAGAAACGGCGGAGGCGUUCAAGGAGUCCGCGUGGAGGGCGUCGUAGUUCCUUCGACAGCCGGUCAGGCAGUCGGUCGCGUGGUGGCCGAAGUCGUAGUCGAAGUCGACGCCGCGGAAACCGACGCCGCAGCUCUCGAUCUAGGUCUCGAGAACGCGGCGGCGAAGAUGGAACUGGUGCGUGGAACAAGUGGUCUGCUGCAGCCGGAGCUAAACGUGGCGCAAUGCCGGAGUCGACCCCACAGCCCAAAGAUCGAAACACUACGGAAUGGCGAGACUGGCUUAGAUCGGAAUUCCAAUGGGUCAUUGGAGAAUACGGCGGCCCAGGAGUCCCGAACGUAGCCAGCGACGCCAUGCAGCACUUUGCUCGUGAAUACAAGGUUCCAGCGAAAAAAGUCAAGGACGCACUUGGUAUCAUCUUCUUGAUUCUAUUUGGAUUUUUUGAGUUUUUUGUGUUUCUCCAUCUUCUUGAAAACGAAAUAUUAAUAUUUAGUAGAGUCAGUGACCUUUUGCACGGUCAUCAAUGAGAAUAUAAUUGGGAUUGUUCUUGUUCUUACUCUUAGAAGAUCUCGUUCUCGCUAAUCAUCCAUCGCUCGCGAGAAGUUAUGUUAGUUUAAUCAUGUGAAUGUGAUCCCUCAUAGUCAUUCAUUUUUUUCCCCCCUGCAUUCUAGGUAUUCCGCCUGGACGUUAUGUGAGUCAGAUUCGGCUAAAACUGCAAGGUCGAGCGAAUUUUAUCGAUGGCACUCUUAGCUUGGCUCAGGUUAUGCCAGAAGCUGGAGGCGACGGAGGCGCGGCCGCAACGUGGGCCGACGAUCCGAAUAUGAAAGCGAAGAAGAAAGAGCGAGAGAACCGUUUCAAGGACUUGUCUAGUGGUUAUAGUUACCGCAGUCAAGACUGGGGUCAGAAUUGGGAUGACGACGACGACUUGCCGUUUCGCGCCAACCUAGAUAGUGAAAAACCACUGGUGGGCUUACUCGACGCCAUGUGCAGUGACGCGGAAAUCACCGAUCGCGAGAACACCCGCCAGCUGGACCGGUUCGAGAUUUCCACAAAAUCGAAGAGCAAUGGAGUCCAAUUGACAACGAACAUGGGGACCAGUUACAACACGCCAGCACUCCUGCAAAAUGCGGCUGCGCCCGUCGCGAACAAAGCCUUUUGCGUUAAGAAGUAUCAGCGUUCUAGUGCUGAUAAACAGUACCAGGCGAAAGAUAUCCGAACUCUACAGGCUUGCUGGCGCAGCGUGGUCUACCUCUUCACAGAUAUCAUCGACCUCGACACCAAGGUGCCGCAGGGCAAAUACAUCUUCACAGAUCCGGUACAUUUUUAGUAGAUUUGAUUCUCUUGGCCUUGGUCUUCUACAUCUACAAUCUAUCUUUGGGGAUGAUGUACAACAUGUAAGUACUUAACGAAUAAAUAUUUACAAUGUUACAAGAAGCACCAGAUUGUGUCGUUCUACUGCUCUACAGGUUGUCAACAUGCUCAACGAAGCAUCAAAUCCAUCCUCUACCAGGUACGGUAUAUCCAGAUUUAUAGUUUUAUUCGCGACCGCAUUCGCGCGGUGCGUGUGGAUUUGCAUGUGCAGCAGCCGCUGUCCACUACCACUGAGCCGUAUAUGAAGACGCACGAGGCUGCGUUCAGGUUUGAGUUGCUAAGUAACUUUCUCGCCAAGGCGAAUUAUGUCGCAGAGCAAACGGACGUGAAUAGUACAGAAAAAUACGAUGAGAGGAUGGCAAUGCGUGCCAUUAGUCAAACUAUUGAGCCAUUGCUUCACGCAUACCGCAUGGCACGUGAGAAAAGGCUAGAACCAACUAGAACGAAGGAAAGACUAAAAGAUCUUGCAGCAGGGUCAACAGCACUUCCAGGAACCGCGGGAGACAACCAAGCAGCAUACAUAUCCGAAGCCGAAACAUCGAUACUAAGGUAAUCAAAAUACCUUACGAAAAUACAGGAUCACUAGUUGUACUUGAAGAUGCCCGACAAGAUGAUCUAAGAAUAUUCUGCCUCUCUCGUCGUGGUCUUGUUCUUCUCAAGUGCGUGCUAUACAACGAAUAAUUCUAGAAUGACUAAUAUGAACGAUGCGAAUAAUCCCUGUUAUCCUGGUACAAACUACAGGUAUGUCAUUUUAAUGCAGCUGGGAGAAAGCGAAAGGGUUUUGUCACAGCUGCAAAAAAUGGAAGGUGAGCUUUUAAAAGAUCCUAGGAUAGUAGAAGUUCUGGAUCUUUUCAGUGCUUAUCAGAGUGGCGACUUCGCUGAAUUUUUCAAGUUCUACAAGCGGUGCGACUUCCUGUCUGCUGUGUGCCUUGCUCCACUGGUACUAAGUUCACCUUACUUUUUUGCAUGUCUAGGUUCAAUUUUUGUGGACGUUUGACUCUUUUUGAUGUAGAAAAACAACUUGGCUUUUGCUGCAAACACAAAUAAAUAUAAGGCAAGUAAGAUUAGUUACGUAUCAUCUUCGAUCAUAUUGACCCCCGACUGAUCCUCCUCCCAGGUCGACGUAAUGCGGUACAAGCGGCUUGUAUGUAUGGUGCGCGCCUGCCAUGGUAGUUUGGGGGACCAAAUUCCAUUGGAGUCUUUAAUGGAGAGUCUGUGUUUGACGGAUUCUUACAGAGCACAAGAGUAUUUUGAAUUUUGCGGUUUCAAAGUUCAAGAGAAAGGCGAGCGUGGUCUUGUGGUUGUGGUCCCCAAGCGGCCCGAGCUCUCCGCCUACCGCAGCGUCGACAGCGGAGACUUGUCAAGCACAACGGACGCAUCGUCUUCCUCAAGGUUACAGUUGUUGAACUUGAAUGGGAAAGCCUAUUACACGACUAAAGCAGAAAUAUCGGCUGCCAUGAAGCCCUUCUACAUGGCUUUCGGUGCUCGUGACAGUCUUCUGAUUCAGAAAUACCGAGACACGAAGCAUACGCGAGCGCAGAUCAUUUUCGGCGAAGCCGACAUUUCCAAACAUGACUGCGUUGCCCUGCAAAACACUCCCCGUGGAAUCACUGCGUCCGUCCUCAACGGCGCUGGUCCCCCAGUCCGCCGUCUGUCCGGCAAUGUACCUCCAGCAGGAGCGCGUCGCUCACUCCGUGUUGCCCGCGGCCGGGCCACCAGCCCGACACCGGUUUCAACACCCAGCAGCGACCAGUAACAAGGACAAUCAAAACUACGAGACACAGAACUACUAUUACUAGAAGAAGUUUUUUCAAUGAGUCGAGACGGUCAACAUGGAGAUCAGAUUCUCCUUUUUGUGCAGCAGCAUGCUUGUCCAGAUGUCGAUGUGCUUGAAAAGGAUGCACUUCCUCUACUGGAAAAUCACGCCCAGCUCUAAUACAUGAAUGUCGUGGCCGCGGAACAACCGAGCGCAUAUGAAAUUCAGAACGAAGUAAGAUACGACAUGGAAGUUGUUGGUGAGUCCCUUGACGACGACAUGAUUCUUGACGUUGUCUUGUGUGGAGGUUGUAAUUGCUGAUGCUGCAUCAUCGAGAACGUCAUUUUUCGUCAAAAAACACGGAAGAUGAUUUAGAUGUACUGACAGCAAGCACGAGCUGCAUUCUUGAGGCGCCUUUAGCGAUCAACCUACAACCUAUCUUCAUACAUUGGGCACGGAGGUUGUGGAGGACGAGGUACUUGCGAGUGCGUCCGCAGGUGGAAGGUUCGAAGUGGAGGUCAUGUUAUGUCCGAAACUCAAACUUCGCAGCUUCGACGGGGUUGCUGUAGUAAGUUGAAGCAGACUAUGGGCUUCCUCUGAAAUAAAGUAAGCAAGAUUGUAGCGAGCAUAGCUGUCCUAUGGGGAGUGCGUCUGGGUCUGUAUGUGCGAUUACCGUUGCUUGUAGUUCUUCGUGUGAUGUCGAGGUAGUAGGAUGAAACGAAGAACAACAGCUGCGCGGAUGCAUUUUUCCAAGCAGGCCGGUUUUGCGAUGAAAAUUGAAGCCCAUCCAUGAUCAUGCAUUGCCUUGCAACCAAAAUCAGAUCUUGCGUGCCCUUGGUAUACUUCCAAAUGUCGCUCUGCGCUCAUCUUUCCGUUUGCCUACCUGCUUCUUGUCCCUCUUGUUGAAAUCAGUAUGAGGAUUACAGCUUCUUGGGUGUGCUUCGUGCAGAGAAAUAGUCUUCUUCACCAGCGUUGGGUGCGUGCCAAGAACAAUCUACUGCUCAGUUAUCAUCUACAUCUUCUUGCGCAAUUGGGGCCUGCCGUAGAUCAUCAUAUCUUUCGAAGCUCGUAGCCACAAACAUCCCGCAGUUGAUCAGACGAUUAUCAUCCGAAGAUCGACAUACGAAUUCGCAUCUCCAUUCUUCUUCCACCGCUUUUCUUGUGUCGUUCGUCGUUGGCCCUUUUUCUCUAUUCGAAUCUGUUUAGACACUUCAUCUAGCCGGACGAGACAGAUUUUCUAACUCCAUAGAUCUUUUUCUGGAUCUGGGAACAGUAGUGCAAAGCCUAGUUGUAUAACGACCACAUACUCAUCUAACUUUUUAUUGUCACCCUCACCCUUCGCUUUCUAUCUUGUCUUGUUUAGAACCUUUGUGUUUGGCUUCCCUUCGUCAACUAAAAAAACGGCACAGUGGAGGCUAAAAGACAUCUGGUUGAGGCGAGCACCAAGAGCACACGCCUCCCAGCUAUGAUAGUAGUGAAAUGAAAAUGUGUCCGGAGAAGUUAGGUGGCUCCUGUGGUCUUGUUGUAUCGAGUUGCUUUUGCUGAGUAUAUGAUAAUGUUGACCCUUGGCUUCGACUUCGUCUGAUGAUUUUUAGGAGAAAUUUUACUCAUUAUUUUGCUGCCAUGCAUUCAAAUUCAAUAUCUCCACUCGAUUUUCAUCUCACUUACGUCACCACGCCUCUGCGGAAGAAGUUACUUGAUCUCUGAGAUUGAUUUCUGUUUACUUGGAUACUUACUUAAUACUGUUCAUAAGUAGAUUAUAUUGAUAGAUUAGAUUUAGAAACAAGCAGAAUACUAUCCUACAACUUGUGAUAAGGAGGGAAACGAAAACCAAUUCAUCCUUUCUCGAGGUUCAUCAGCAGCAGAUCAUCCUAAUAUCGCCAGGUACAUUGUGCAUCGGAGCGGAUCUUCAAUCAUCAAACACUAGCACUAGGGCCAGUACUUCUUCUCGCAGGCGUAAUACCAUUUUAGUCAACUUCUUAACUGUUUGAUUAUUGCUCAAUAAGAAUAAAUAUCAUCUCGUCGUGUGCGUGAUGUUUCGUGAUCAUCGGCUUUCCUCUUUCUUCUUUCCUCUGUCAGCCUCCGUUGGUUACAAGGCGUGACCCUCUUCUUUUCUUUUACGUGUUGACAGUGCCUCGCUCUCGUCGUUUUGUGGGCGUUAAUGCAACGUGGGAUUACCGGUUUCCGCACGUACAAAGGGCGCCGCCGAUGACUCGCUCCAGGAUGCGUAGCUAAUGUCAAGAGGCAAUGAGCGCACAAGGGUAUGGUCAAGAUCAGCUGCAGGGGCUCGACAGGACGAUUCGAAGCGAUAAAAACGUGGCAGCAGGUGUGCUACCUACAUCAGCAAUGAAUGUGAUAGUGAUGGAUACGUGGCAAGGCUGAGGCCACAGAGCGCGCGAUGGAGACUGCCGCGAACCGGAACCGACAUGGCGACAUCUGCAGGCAAGAGGAGCAAAGCACGAGAACCACUAGGAGAACAGUAAGAAGUCGGCGAAUUGCGGGAGUAGCAAAGUUAUGAUACGAGCGAUGACAUGAACAAGAAGAUGAUCGCUAAGACGGUAGCACUGGGUAAACGCAUGUAAGAAGUUGAUCUUUCGUUGAUUACUUCGUUCUGAAAUAAUUGUUGAAAGAUGAAAGAUAGGAGUAUGCUACUUUGUAGGAUUAUGAUUAAGGUUGAGGUUUUUUAUUUGCGCAACACUAGACGGUUUGUCAGAAAGAUAGCGUCUUGCUCAGACACUGUGUAGCAUGGACAUGAAGAACAAGCAAGGGAGAGGUCCCUCAGAGUUGGAUCCCACAACAAACAAACCUAUGGUUUAAAAAGAGAAGGAACUUCCCGAGAACAUCGCUCAAGGAAUUUUUCACACCCCGACCCACGCAUCAGCGAAUGAGGUUUUUCCCAUUAAUUUUCCAAUAUGAGAACUUUGAACGAACAUCCAAAACAAGAAGUUGUCUUUUUGGAUGAAGCAGGCGAAU